AUGUUUUCUGAGCCCGUCGAUUCCGCCUUUUCUCCCGCCCGCUCCCUCUUCAAGCGUUGCAAACAAUGCGAAACCUCUUCUCCCGCCUGUCCCGCCUGUCCCGAUGGAUCAAUAUGUACCAUGACCGCUCCGAGCUGCGAUGAAUGCGCAACCACGAAAUGUGUUUCCACGGGCUCUAAACCUUCAGAUGAUGGUGGCACCGAUACUGGCGCCAUUGCGGGUGGUGUCGUUGGUGGUGUGGCUGCCAUCGCCGUCAUUGUGUUUUUGAUAUGGUGGUUCGUCAUCCGAAAGAAGCGCCUGGAGCGCCUGGAACGCCAGGAGGCAGAGAAGAACGAUUCAUUUGCAGCCGCUCGCAGUGAACGCCAGUCCAUCGCAUCCACGGUUCUCACUCGUGCUUCCAACGUUAUUCAAAUCGCCUACAUUCCCGGUGUCACCAACCGCUCUCCGCCAGAGACUCCCGCCACCCUCGUGCCUCCAGUUCCCCCGCUGCCCGGUGCGACACCUGAUCAACACUUCUUCAUGCCGGGUGACCUGCGUGAUUCUUCAUGGACAACCACUACCGGCCACCAGAGCCUCUCCCCCACUUUUCGUAGCAGUGUGGCUACCACUAUCUACCGCAACGAUGCCAUUGUCAGUGCCAUACCUGCGCAGCAGAUCCAGCGCUCUCGUGCAGCCGUGGUCAGUAUCCAUAACGGAGGAGCCGGACAAAACGCCCCUGGAGAUGACUCUCCUGUCACUGUCACAAUUACUCCUGCGGAUGCACCCGCUGUCCCGGCCAUCACCCCUGCGCAACUUGCCCGGGCGGAGGCCGUUAAGGGCAACAGUUCGUGUGUGGCGCGCAGUAUGACAGCCAAGCCAGUCAUGGUGCGUGGUCCCUCGAUGAAGAAGAAGGAAACAAUCCCUCCCCCCGCGGUCAACUGUGUCGAGGUGCUCUCCGAGCACAGUAAAAGCAAUAACACCAACCGAGCGGCAUCGGCCACUACUGGCGACCAAUUUGGCCACAACGCCUCCACAUUCGUGGGGUCCUCAUCGGACGAAGAUGAUACAUAUCCAUCAUCCACUGCCAAGCUGGAGAGUGGUUCCUCGCAUCGUCAAAGUGACGCACGUCGAUCUUCCGGUUUGAGCGAUGGGCAUAACUCCACACGCACACCACCCGCACGGGUUGAAAGUCCAUUUUCGGACGCGAAUGAGGUGAAAUAA